AUGGUCUCUGUUACGCACCUCCCGUCGACUCCGUCGUCUGUCUCAAAGCCCUCGAAAUCAAUCCUGAAGCCGUUCUCUGUAGCUGGCCAGAAACGCAAGCUGCUCGACCUCACCAUCCCGUCCGAUAUCUCGACAGGGUCGGCCUACUCCGACACCAAUGCCGGCCCUACAACCGCCACCACGCCGGGCGGUUCACCUGGCCCCAGCAAGAAACGCGCUCGAGUCAAAUUCGAUAUCACCGUGGGCUCGCCCGUGAGCCCGGUAAAAAUGAUGGACACUGAGGCUGAUGAGAGAGCCGCCGAGAAGGACAAGGCGUUGACGCGAGAGGAGGUUAGGCGCGCCAUUCAGAGACACUUGGUAGGAGAUAGCGAAGGGUACGACCGUAUCAAGGAGAUGUUUUCGGUCGAUCCCAAGGCUUUGGAAGAUGAUGGGACGCCUGUCUUUGACCUGCCUUCCCCGGUGUCGCUGAAGAACCAUCUCAUGGGCCUCUUGGGCAACGUUUCAUCGCUGGAUGGUUCAUGUAGUGGUCUCGUACAUGCUAUGCUCAAUAGCGAGUGGGUUGGCAGAGAUACGACGUAUGUGAGGCUGUUUGUUCAGUUUCUGGCUACUUUGUCUGCUGCUCGUGGCGGCUAUCUUAGCUCAGUUCUCAAAAUGCUGGUUAAUGGCCUACGGCAAGUUGACCCACGCUGUGGAAAUUUGCCUGAUUAUGAUCCUGUUGACAGUUCGGAGAUGUACCAUCGAGUCCACCAUGCCAUCCGUUCAAUCGCCCAGGUUGUCCCCGCCUGCAGCGUUACUCUCUCGCCCAUAUUAUCCUCCAGCUUCCCCCACGACUCUGAUACCGUGAAAAGCCAUAUUACCUACACACGCAACCUUAUCAAAAUUAUAUCCUACCUUCCAGAACUUCGAUCCGAUAUCCUCGCCCUAAUCACAGAGAAGCUAGUCAAAAUUGACGCUCAGAACCAAGUGAACAUGGAAGACCUGGAAGAAGAUACUCAGCAGGAUAUCAUGGACGCUCUAAAUGCCACAGACGCAGCCAUUCUUGAAAAGGAUGACGAUGAUUAUUCGGAUGAUGAGUCUGAGAUUAGCGAGGAUGGUGAUCCAGACCUCCAGCGUGUCAAGUCCGUCAAGGAGUGCAUGCUCAAGGUUGAUUCAUUGGUUGACAUCCUGUUCGAGUACUACAACUAUCCAUUCGUCUCUGGCUCGUUAGAAGAUCAAGAGCAAGUUCUCGAUUUCCUCCUUGCUCACUUCAAAAGCAUCAUUCUUCCGACCUACCGCUCUCGCCACGCUCAGUUCGUCCUCUUCCACUUCGCUCAAGCUUCUCCCAUUUUUGUCGACCGCUUCGCCGCCAUAUGUAUCGAGAUUAUCUUGAGCAAGUCCCAGCCAGUCAUAAUCCGCCAGUAUGCAGCUGCUUACCUUGCCAGCUUCGUGGCUCGCGGUGCUCAUGUUCCUGGCGAUGCCAUCCGCGAUGUCUUCAAUCUACUGGGCUCACACGCCCUAGCUCUUCUAUCAUCCUACGAAGCAGACUGCCGUGGCCCUGACCUCCGUCGUUAUAGUCCAUUCUACUCCACUGCCCAGGCACUGUUUUACAUCUUCUGCUUCCGCUGGAAAGACCUCACCAACGCCGCUGUCGAGGCCGAAGCGGAAGGCAACUCUCUUCCCCACCUGAAUGUUGACGAAGUUUCAUUCUCCCAGGAGAUGACCAACACGCUACAUCGAACGAUCUACUCAAAGCUUAACCCGCUCAAGGUCUGCUCACCCGGCAUUGUCUCUGAAUUCGCCAAGAUCACCCACUACUUCGGUCUUUUCUACCUCUACCCGAAGCUCGAGAGCAACAAACGUAUCCGCAUUCACAACUUCCGUGGUAUGGGUUCGAUGGCCAUGGAUACAACGUAUGGCACCAUUGAACGUGAGACUCGUGCAGACGAUAGCCUCGCCGUACAAAUGGAUGAUUACUUCCCCUUUGAUCCAUACAAGAUGCCUAGAGGCUCCAGACACUUGCAGGGUGAUUACAUUGAUUAUAAGGAUGUCAGAGUUGCAGGCUUGGAUGACCGUGGCCUAGACGACGAUGACGAUGACGACACCGCCAGCGAAGACGAAGACGAAGAUGAAGACGAUGUCGACAGACAUACAGAGACAGAGGAAGAGUAA